AGAUGCACGGGCAGCGUCCUUCAGCUGAAGAGGUGACAACUCUGUUUUGGGCUCUUCUGGCUGAGGAACAUCUGUGAGCUCCCCACAUCGUUGGCUUUACCAUUUACAAUGAAAGCGGUACAUGGGAGGCAGACCAAAAAAAAUGAGCCUAAUGGAUAUCACUAAGAUGUUCUCCAUGCUCCAGCCCAGGGAAGAUGAAGAAGACAACGGAGAAAGCGAGGAGCUGAACCGAGCAGUAUCUGAGGACGAUUACCAGACCCUAGAUAACCUCUUGUCCCAAGACAGGUACAAGAGGUUCAUCAACCGCAGGAGCGGCUGGGGCGUACCCAGCACCCCACUGCGCCUGGCCGCCACGUGGGGCCGUGUCAGGAGCAUGAAGGUCCUCUUGACCCAUGGAGCGGAGGUGGACAGCCUGGACGUGAAGGCUCAAACCCCGCUCUUCAUGGCGGUCAGCAACGGCCACGAGGAAUGCGUGAAGGUCCUCCUGGAGGCGGGGGCCAGCCCCGUCGGCAGCAUCUACAACAACUGCUCGCCGCUGCUCAUUGCCGCGAGGGAUGGGAACGCGGACAUCCUGCGGCAGCUCCUGGACCACGGCGCGGAAGCCAACGUUCAAGCCAGGCUGCCCGAGUGGGCUGCCAACUCGGUGGCUUGUUCCGGACCCCUCUACCUCGCCGCUGCGUACGGGCAUCUGGAGUGCUUUAAGAUGCUGUUGCUUUACGGCGCCGAUCCCAACUAUAACUGCACUGAGGAGAGGGUGAUUGCCCAGAUCAAGGAGCCCAAGACUCUCCUGGAAACCUGCUUGAGGCACGGCUGCAAGAAUGAGUUCAUCAAGCUGCUCAUUGACUUCGGAGCCAACGUGUACUUGCCCAAUGUCACGGUAGACGAGACGGCCCCCCGCAGCGAGGGCCUGGAGCUGCUGCUGCAGGCGAGAGCUCAUCCCAAGUCCUUGAUGUCUCAGUCCAGGCUGGCGAUGAGACGCCUCCUGCAGCAGGCUGGCCGCCCGCACGCCCUCGGCGAGCUGGAGAUCCCGACGGUCCUGGCGAACUACCUCCGGCACCAGCCAUGAUACGCAGCCUGCCACGAGAGAGACCUGCCCCGGACACGUGUCGAGCGCCUGAAUUAAAAGCCGCUCUGACACCUGCGCGGUGUGAAGCUGCCGUGAAUUUGCGGUCGCAAAGUAAUUUUUGCUUAUGAGGUGCCUCCAAAAAGCGGUGCCCGUGCGAAAAGGUGGGAAGGGAAGGUGGGGAGAAAACAGAGGAGACCUCAGCUCUGGCUCUGCGUCAGGGUGAUGGUAGAACAGGAUCAGGUUUAGCUGGGUUUGGCUUUAAACCCUCUUUACUGAAGGAUUUUACACCUUUAAUUGAUACUGGUUAGAGAAGAGGCUGGGAAAAGGCGCGGAGGGCAGAGAGAGAGGAGCAAAGGCUGCUUUUACCCUCCUCCCCUCCCGGGGAAGAGCAGGAAGGAGGGAGGCACAAUCAGGCUUCGUGCCUGCGGGUUUCCCCCACAGCCACCUCUGAACCCCCUUUCCCAGAGAGGGUGCUCCCUCCGUUGGGAGGGAGGCUGGACCCGGCCAUGCGUGCCCAGCCCGUGGCCGCUGUGUCACCGUGCCUGGGAUGCUCCGGACCCCAGGACUCGGCGGUGCGAAGCCCAGCGCUGCCAGGCGGCAGCACGGGCAGGGCCCGGAGCCCACGGACUCCCUGGCUCUGGCCUCCUGGCCCCAGCUCUGUCUUUAGACACCAUCUAACUCCCCUCAAAAGCUGUUCAUGUUAUGGCCAAGGGAUCUUUUGUGAUUGGGCAGUUGGUUUUGGCUUUUUAAAUUAAAAAUGUUGCUACUAUUCUUAUUAAGCUAUC